CGAUCGAAAAGUUCGGCCAUCUCCCCGAAUUAAAGUAAGCCCACCAUAAAAACUCUGCCCUCUCGAGCGAGCUCCUUCAUUCAACGGCCAUGGCGAUUCUAGGGCGAUCUCUUCUCCGACUUCACAAAAACCUAACACUAACUCGAUCUACAUCUCAUCUUUCCAUUUUAAGGUCUCAGGUUGGAUCACUUUCUCGAUUGUAUUCUGAUUUCGGAUCGAUUGAAGUCGAUCUCUCCAACGAAGAAAGCAAGCGGCGGCUGCAUAACAGGUUAUUGUAUAGGAGUAGGCAGAGAGGAUAUCUUGAGCUGGAUCUGGUUUUAGGAAAUUGGGUGGAGGAGAAUAUCAAAACAAUGGAUGAGCCCAAAAUUAAAGCACUUGUAGAUGUUCUCGACUUGGAGAACCCAGAUUUGUGGAAGUGGCUGACAGGACAGGAGCAACCACCAGAGGCAGUGAACACUAACCCUGUGUUUGCAGCUGUUAGAUCUAGAGUGACGGAAAAUCUGAACCAUUCUGCUCCAGAAACUCGAGCAAAUCCAGGCCAACCAUGGGUAAGAGGAUGGGAUGAUAAGAGAGGACUUGGAGGUGGGACUACGUAUGGCAACCAGUAAGAAGCUAUAAUUAUGAAAAGUUUCCCAUCAUAAAUACUAUUUUUAAGUUGUGAAACAUGAAUAAGGUAACCCUUUGUUGUUAUGACAUGCGUUUCUUCAAGAAUGAGAGUUGAUGGUUAUUGUUUGUUGAGUUCCUCCACUAUGGUGUUUUUUGGUUCAUGUAUUGCAUAUUGAUGCAAUUGAUUCAUGUAAGGGACUAUGCAAAAUGCAUACUUCAAAUCUUAUUGUUUGCAAUGAAUACUAAAAAGGAUUUGCGUGA